UUGACAGUCUAAUGUCGUCAACGCGGACACGUUUCUUUACGUACUGUGUCGUAGCAGUUUGACGGUAUGUGGAAAGUAGCAAUGUCGGAGGAGGUUGGGAAGGCGCUUCGCUCGGUCGUGGAGCGGGUGAACCAGGCGGCGGCACGGCGGCCCAAGACACUACCAGCUGUGCCGCCCCGCCUGGUAGCUGUCAGCAAGACCAAACCCCCAGACAUGGUUGUGGAAGCCUACAGACAAGGGCAGCGUAACUUUGGAGAAAAUUAUGUUAAUGAACUUGUGGACAAAGCUUCAGACCCUCUGAUUUUAGACUCAUGUCCAGAAAUCAAGUGGCACUUUAUCGGCCAUCUGCAGAAGAAUAAUGUCAACAAACUCUUGGGCGUGCCAAACCUGUUCCUUGUGGAGACCGUAGACUCUGCGAAACUAGCCGACAGGGUCAACAGCUCGUGGCAGCGGAUCAGAGGAGCCAGCACACAGAGGUUAAAGAUCAUGGUGCAGAUCAACACCAGCGGAGAACAGAAUAAACAUGGGCUGCCACCAGAGGAGACGGUGAACACAGUGAAACACAUCGUGUCCCAGUGCUCCGCCCUGCAUUUCUUAGGACUCAUGACCAUCGGCCGUUAUGGCUACGACCUCACCCUGGGCCCCAACCCGGACUUUCAGAUGCUGCUGAGUCGGAGGCAGGAGGUGUGUGACAGUCUGAAGCUGCCUCUGGAGGAGGUAGAACUCAGCAUGGGUAUGUCCACAGAUUUUGAACAUGCGAUUGAGGUGGGCUCCACCAACGUGCGAGUGGGCAGUAUUAUAUUUGGCAACAGGGACUAUCCCAACAGUGCAGCGAACACUCCAAACCCCAGUCCGGCUCCCAGUCCGGCGCCCAGUCCGGCGCCCAGCCCGGAGAAAUCCGCCAAGACGGUGUCAGAAGAGGCCGCCAAGAAGAUGCAGCACCUCACUGUGUCUGGACACUAAGAAGAGCUUCUUCUCCUCUGAAAUACCUUUUAAGAAAAGAAAAAAAACACUUCACGCUCAAGCUGAACAGAGCAGUGAAGCAGGUCAUUUCCACAGAGCCAUGUGGAGCUAGGAUUGCAAAAUUCCUGCAUAAUUUUAAAGUGUAUUUGCCUAAUCCUCUUCACUUUUUUGCCCUUCUUGCUCUUUUAAGCAUUAAAAAGUGGCAUUCAGUAUACAGAACUAGUUCUACCUUUUUUAAAAGUAGCGUGUUACUAACCUAUAGUGCUCUGACUUCCUUCUCAUGGAAACCUCUCCUACAAGGUUACUGGACAAAUGUACAACUACUGAAAACAUGGUGACAUAUGGAAAAUGAUUUCACUUGAGUUACGCGAUAGAGAGGAUUUGUUGUGCUGAUGUGAUCUUUUCUACCUUUCCUUAACGGUGUACAGUGUCCCACACAGAUCAGGAAUUCCACACAGUACAGUGUACCGUUUUUGUUGGACAGAUGAAACAAAGACUUGAUUUAAUAAAUCAUUUAUCCCUUUAUAAUGACACAUAGUA